UCGAAGGAACUAAUGAGCGGAUUUGAUGAUGCUGAGCUGCGGGGCACUGGUUUAUGGCCAUUGACAUUAACGGGCAAAAGUGGUGAGGGAGGAGCACCCUUCACAAAUCCAACAGUAAUCUGUGCUGCUCUAUCAUGUAGUCGACAAGGCAGCAUGGUCCAGAAACAUGCAUAUCUUUUCCAUAAAAUACUCUGUUUGAAUUUUUCAAACUUGUUUUCAUUGGGACGGCAGAUAAAGUGUUUUUAGCAAAAAGCAGUCACUUUUGCAUGUGAAACCACAUAAUCCUACCCAUUGCUCCAUGUGCUUAAUUACAUCACUUUUGUUCUGAGCUGACUUUGCCAUGGGCUUUGAACGGGGCACCUGGCUGACGCCCGGGAGACAGCCCAGUUUCAAAACAAAUGCAAUCAACUUUUACUGUUCAUUUGAGAAGGCUGCUGCUCCCUCCCGCUUUCGCCUCAAAUAUAUGUAUAAAUGCCAUAAAUGUCUGGUUUUGUUUUCUUGGAAAGCUGUGAGUGCUAUUAUAUGAUGCAAUUUUAGUAAUUGUUGCAUUUACAAUUGAUCUAAGUCCUAUCAACUGAUUUGAGCCAGAGUAUGGCUGUGGAUUGACUGCAUUAUUUAAAUGGAAUGUUGCCAUAUUGGCAGCUAAUUAGCUACAUUUAUGGACUCAUUCCUCUAAAACUAACACACAUACAGUGCAGGUAAAUUAUUUACAUUCAUUGUUUUACAGUCUUUUUCCCCCCAUUAUUUUUACCAGGUAAAUUGACUGAGAACACGUUCUCAUUUACAGCAACGACCUGGGGAAUAGUUACAGGGGAGAGGAGGGGGAUGGAUGCACCCUACACAAGGGCAUUCGGAUGUUUUAUUUUUUUAGACAAGAGUGCCUCCUACUGGCCCUCCAACACCACUUCCAGCAGCAUCUGGUCUCCCAUCCAGGGACAACCCUGCUAAACUUCAGAAGCAAGCCAGCAGUGGUAUGCAGGGUGGUAUGCUGCUGGCAUCUUAUCACAGCACUGAGCCUACUGCACUGUGAGGGGCUGAACAACCAGAGCUACGUCUGCGAAUCAGGACACUGCUGUGGGGAGUCACAAUGCUGCAGUUACUACUAUGAACUCUGGUGGUUCUGGCUGGUGUGGGUCAUCAUCUUCAUCCUGAGCUGCUGCUGCGUGUGUCACCACCGGCGCACCAAGCACCGGCUGCAGCAGCAGCAGCGCCAGCACGAGAUCAACCUCAUCGCCUACCGCGAGGCGCACAACUACACCUCCCUUCCGUUCUACUUCAGGUUUCUUCCAAAUUCCCUCCUACCUGACUACGAAGAGGUGGUAAACCGCCCUCCAACCCCUCCCCCUCCCUACAGUGUCUUCCAUACAGUCAGCCCCAUGCCCACGGACCCACAGGGCGGCCUGGGACUGGGUCACUGCCUGAGCAUUCAGACCACUCCGGUCCCCCCAGUGUCCGACACCCUUUGCUCCAGGCGGAGCCUGGAAGAGCCCCACUGCAUUGGGGCUCCCACCAUUGGCUACAACAGACACAAGGCAGACAACAAGCCUCAGGAGCCCCAGGAUGGUGGACCAGGGCUAGGGCCCCAGGAGGCCUCUACAGAGGAGCCUAGAGGCCCAGAGAAGAGUUGCAAGGAGCCCCUGUUACUCGGGGACCUAGGGGGGCCCGAGAGCGGUGCCCAGGAGGACAAAGAUAAUAGGGGGGCCCUUGGGCGGCGGCGCCGUUUCACGGGUGACUCGGGUAUCGAGGUGUGCGUAUGUGACCGUGGUGGUAGUACCAGUAUUGGAAGCCAGGAGGACAAGGAGCUGAGGGAGAAGGAUAGCCUAAUGGGGGAGGAGGUUGAGGAGCAGGAAGGAGGAGACUUCUGUGACGGGUGCAGUCACCCCGCUCCGGGAGUAGAAGAGGAGCAGGCCCUAGCCCUGGAUGGACCCGAAAGUAGGUCGGAGUGCGGGUCGGCGACAGGAUUCACCUCCCUGCCACCACCCGCCAUGACACAACCCACCCAGCCCCCGGUGUGCCUGCUCCUCCACACCAUCAACGAGCUUGAGGGGCCCCCUCACCAUGGCAACAGCACAGAACCUCAGGGCUGAGCUACGCUAAGCUAAAGCGCAUCUUCACCGAGGAGGGAGAGAGAACCAGGAGUGGGAGUCAAGACUUUUGUGUGUGUGUGUGACUGUCUGAGAUUGUGUGUGUGUGUGUGUGUGUGUUUGUGUGACGAGAAGGAAGUUUUAUUUUAUCCCAGAGUCUGGACUUAAAAGCCUGAUGUUGAUAGCUAGAGCCCCUUUGGCAUACUGUAAUGGUGGCCUUAACUGCAAUGUACAAGGAGACAGGAGGAGAGGUUUAGCCUAUCACCAACCUACCUACAGACUGCAUAAAUCUCCUCCUUUGUCUGCCUUUGCCAAGAGGAGGCGAAAGGAGAUCGUGUAAAGACUUAUGCAAGCUGGAGGAGAUUGAUAGUCUGGUCAGUGGAUGCUGACCUGACGUUUGGUGUGACUGCAGUAUAGUGUAAGUACACACUGGUGCAACUCUAGCCUGGUCUCAGAUCAGUUUGUGCUGUCUUGCCAACUCCUAUGCUCAGUGUACCAAGCUACUGGAAAUCAUUGCAGCUGCUUCCUGUGUCUGUUCACAGAAAGUAACAUCCUGGACAAAUACACUGAAGCGGUACAGGAACAUUGUCAAGCAGUGCAGUGUGGAUCGUCAUGGCGACGAUGUGUGCUUAUGUAAUGUGAUAGUCCCAGUCGGUAUGAAAUAGAAUGUGGUGGCCCUGCCUGCCUGUGGGGAAAACAACCCAUGGUUACUUUGGUUACCCCGUUGGCUCACAGCAAAAACUUCACCUUUUUCCAAAGGCUAUUUUCUUGUCUGCUUGUUUUAGUCAAUUACAAAACUACAUUUAAGAAAAGUACAACAUGUGUAAAGAAUACUAUUCAACUUUUCCUGCUCCUGAGCGUUCUCACUACUUAGGAAAAUGUAAUGUUGUCUGGGGCUUCCCUCGUUUUCAUGACGGCAUUAAUGUUAACCACGUGAGUGACUGCGUGCUAGCUAGCUACCAACCAGAACACGACUCUCCAACCCUGUUCCUGGAGAGCUACCCUCCUGUAGGUUUUCACUCACAAACCCAGUUGUAACUAAUCUGAUUUGGUUUAUAAACAGCUAAUUUUUUUAGAAUCAGGUGUGCUAGAUUAGGGUUGGAGUGAACCUACAGGACGGUAGCUCUCCAGGAGCAGGGUUGGAGAGUCCUGAACCAGAACAUUAAGCUAGCCAACACAAACGGACUAGCUAUAAAGCUACAAGAAGUGAGUGGAGUUCCAAACUGACUGUACUAAUCUAGUUAAAUGUCUUACCUGUGAUAACAUAUUUUCCACACACGUAGCUAAAGUGUGGCCUCCUUUGACACCGGGUCCCCACAAUUUCUCACUCUUCCACACCGAAUAGCCUGAGGGCCGCUGGCUCUACUUCCCUAAGUGCUUCCCUAAGUGGGAGCAUAGGGAACCGUAGGUCAAAAUUUUUGACCUACGUUAGAUUUGUAUAACAAAAAUUGUACUACGAAGUUGGCUCUUUUACAGUCUGGGUCAAUGGGGGAAAGAACGUUUGUUUUCCCCAGUUGGUGGGCGUUGUCGAGGGCAAUUAAUUCUUAUGACUAGAAUACUGACUCUUGAGUAAUACUGUACAGGAAGAGCCUGAUACUAAACACUGUGUGUGAAUGUUACUGUUCCACAUAAGACCUUUAGCCUUAUGUUUUCUACUCUCCUACAACCCUGUUGUCACAGGGACCCAAGUGCAUUAACACAUUUUGUGUGACACGAUCAUUUUAUUUUGCACAUGAAUACAUGUAACUCUAAUAAUGGAGACAAAGAAAUUAAUCAAACAUAAAAAAAGUUGUAUCUGUGAAUCCUGUUUUUUUUUUCAUUGAAUCAGUUACUAUUUGUUUUGUAAAGGAAUGGUUUUCUAAUGUGUCGUUGAGAUUAAUUCUACAUUGGUAAAAAAAAAAACGCUUACCACAUACAGUAUGGGCCUCUAUCGGAGUCUAGGACGUGAUUGGUUCUGCUCUGAGAUAUUGAUUACAUGAUUGUAGUGUGCAUCUCUGAGAAACUGUCAUGUUUGCGAUCGCCCACAAUGAUUGUGCGUUAGUGAAACUUACAGGUCCGUAGGAGAAACUGGUACAAAAAAACGUUUAGUUACGAGAACCAAGCUAUCAUAAGUGCUUUAUAUAGGCCUAUUAUACUUUUUGUAGAAACAAAUAGAAUAUUCUAUAAUUGUGGUACAACAAAGGUCAAUUAUUCUGCAUUUUGGACGGAUGUCUUUGUCAACUUGUGUAAUGAAAUUGUAAAGCUUUUGAUCGACAUUGGAAAAUUGUGUAUUAUAAUAUCAUACAAUGCAUUUAUGAACCAAACGAGCUACAUUUAAAUCUAUCGUAGCAAAAUGUCAGUCUACAAUCAUUAGUUUUUAGUUAGUGAAUGAUUAAUUUCUAGUUUUUUGUUGAGUAUAGAAUUGUUGAUCUCCUUCAAUCAAUCAAAAGAGUGAAGGUGAAGAUACAGGGAACUCAAUGCACAGAUUAAAUGACCUAAUGAAUGAUGUGACAAUGUUCUAUUGUGAAUAAUGGACAUCAUGCCAAAGAUAUUAUGCUGUUUCCACACGGGAUGUAAGGUGGUUGUGCACAUUUUCUGUUUUUUGUUUUCAAAAGGCAUUUUAUUACAGCAGCGAAAUUGACACAUGCUCAAUAAAUGUCAACCAGAAAUA